AUGGAAGAUGAGUCGAUGGAGUUCGCACUGGGAGUAGCGAUUAUAGUCGUAGUUAUUUUAGGGUGUAUAGGAAAUAUCAUGUCGUUAUUUGUUUUAUCUCGACCGGAAUUGCGUUCUUCAAUUAAUUGUGGACUUCAAGGAUUAGCAGUUUUUGAUACUUUCUUAAUUGCGACUUCUCUUUUCAUUUUUGGAUUUCCCGGAUUGGGGCUGAAAAUAAAAAGUUUUCAACAUCAUUACGGUUAUAUAUACUUGAAGAUGGUACCCGUUUUGUAUCCACUAGCGCACAUUGCAAAGACAGGUUCAAUUUGGACCACGGUUAUUGUGACAGUCGAACGAUACGUAGCCGUGUGUCAUCCUCUUAAAGCUCGAUCAAUUUGUACUUGCAGCCGAGCAAGAUUUUGCAAUUUUAUUAUUCUGCUAUUCAGUAUAGGUUAUAAUGUGCCAAGAUUUUUCGAGGUGGAAGUUAAGUCUUUCAACGACACUAGUAACGACACUUGUUUGGCCUGCCCAACUCAGUUUCGCACCAACGAAACCUACUACAAAGUUUAUUACGUCGGGUUGAAUAUCUUAUUCACUUAUCUUUUACCGUUUGGAAUGCUAAUUGUGCUUAACACCAAUAUCUGGAUGGUGGUAAAGAAAGCUAACAGAAAUCGCCAACGUAUGAAUCGAAAUUUACGUAAAGAAAUACAUCUGGCUCUUAUGUUAUUUUGUAUAGUCAUCAUCUUUUUUAUCUGUCACUUAUUAUCUCUGAUUGCCACUAUCUUAGAAUAUCAAACUAUCUUCCUGCCGCUUCUGGUAAAAAUAUCUGAUUUUAUGGUGACUCUUAAUUCUUCCGUUAACUUUAUCGUGUAUUGUAUUUUUGGGAAAAAGUUUCGUAGGGUUUUUUUGAGACAUUUUUGUAAAUUAUCGACGAAGACUCCGAAUAGACUUAUUAACAGAGACCAGAGACUUGUUAAUCUAAGGGUCAAGUUUCGUGAUGGUAAGUCUUCGAUUGGAUUUUUUACUUUCUCUAUAAACAGAACUACAUCUUUUACACAAUAAAUAUUUAAUUUUAAAAAUAAACAUUAUAAUAUCGGAAUUUUUACUUAAA